CUCAAAGCUAACUUUGAAGUAUUUAGUAUUUGGUAUUUUGUGACUCUUCGUUCUUCGAUAUUGACCACUGUUACACAUUAUAAAAGUUGUACAUGAGCAUCGUUUUAUAUUAAUGGAAUCCAGGUAAGUUGCCGAUGUGGAUUGGUACCUAGGUACGAUCCGGUUAUAGUUUCUACGGGCUGAUGGGAUAUACUCACGCUAUCUUCGGUGUGACUAUUCUUUAUUCCCCAUACUAAGGUGACAGAUCCAUACAGCACUGCAAAACAUCAUUCCACCUGGACGGGAGAGUUACGCAUGGUUAAUUGAUCUUCACAAGUUAUACUUUUCUAUGUAUUUUCAAACCCAAACCCUUCCAAUCAUUGUUUGACAAUCAUUCUCUUUAAUUUGGAACUAGCCCUGUACUGACCUUCGUAUAAUCCUCUAUAAGACUCACCUUGAUCAUACCUUCAAGAACCCGGUUGUGCGUCAUUUUUAAGCCUCAUCCUGUUACCGAAUUAUAAACUUCAAUUUCAGUCAAGCAGCUUCCUAUUGUACACCGGGUGACUCAUCUUAGACCUCGUCUCCAACCCGGAAGUCGGAGUCGUGAUAGGUAUCGAUUGUAGAAGGCAGUAAAGGGGUUAGCCGAAGAGCUACUCAGGGGCAAAAUGGCAUCGCCUCCAACAACCUACCUUGACUUGAUCAAGGCCUGCGACAACUUCCCCAACAUCGACCUCACCCGCACCCCCUACGCAGAAGCCCCAGACCCCAUCUUCUACCAGCUCCUACUACCCUCGGACCCGCGUCCGCACGGGUUCAUCCACCCCACCGUUGUCGCCGCCAUGCCCUGGACAGAGCACUUCUCCAUCAGCCCACCCGGCGCCCGGCCACGGACCGUCCAAGUCCUCGACCCAUCCAACGGCACGGACCCGCGCGGGUCCAGCAACACCGCCUUCUCCGCCGUCGUCCAGCACGCCAAGGACCAGCACAUCUUCGAAUCCCUCAACAAGCGCAAGUCCACCGAAGACUACCGGAUCAUCGGGGCGCGGUACCCGACAGUGCAGAUGCGGCGCGCCGCCGCGCCGCUCUUCGGGAUCGCGUGUCUGGGCGUGCAUCUGACGAUGUACGUGCGCUCCAAAGGCAAAGGGGGAGGGGAAGGGGAAGGGGAUCAAGACCUCCAGAUCUGGGUCCCGCGCCGCAGCCGCAAGAUGCACACGUACCCGGGGAAGCUGGACUCGUCGAUCGCGGGGGGCGUAGCAGCGCACGAGUCAUCGCUCGAGUGCCUCGUGCACGAGGCCGCCGAGGAGGCCUCGCUCCCGGAAUCGCUGAUCCGCGAGCGCGCGCGGGCCUGCGGCGCCGUCACGUAUGUAGGGGUCACCGAGACGGGGCCCGAGGCCGGGGUCGCGGCACCGGGGGUAUUGUACGUGUACGAUAUGGAGGUCGACGAGGCGGUUGUGCCGAAGCCGAUGGACGACGAGGUGGAGGAGUUUUACCUGUGGGAUGUGCCGAAAGUCAAGGAGGCGCUGCUGCGGGGCGAGUUUAAGACGAAUUGCGCUAUGGUGAUGAUUGAUUUUUUCGUGAGGCAUGGGAUUGUUACGGAGGAGAAUGAAAAGGAUUAUUUGGAGAUUACUACGAGAUUGCAUCGUUCUCUUCCUGUACCGUUGACUCCGGGGACAUGAUGGGACCGGUGGAGUACUGGGAGAACUGGGAUUAUGAAUCUCAGGUUUAGACACAAUGGGCCACUUUGAAUUAGAGGGUUAAGUUUAUCAUUACAUAACUGGGAUAUUGAGAUAGAUUAUGGUCCACAAUCAGAGGCUCAAGGAUGAAGAUGAACAUAUCAGGGCAACAUUUUGAAAUCAGAAUCAACCAGGUUCAAACGGAUCUAGAAUAGAUAGGUAAUCAGAGAGAUGGGAAAGGAGGUCCAGCUUCGCGGCACCUCAUGAAAAAUGAUGAUAUGAAAAAUUUAGUAAAGGAAUAAGAAAUUGAAAUCGCACGCUA